UAAUAACAAGAAGGCAAUAACAAGACAUAAUAUGCGGUUUACCGCGCAUCGCUAUAAAAACCGCAUCAUGUUUUGCAUAAAGCCACAAUUAAAUUUUGAAAUAAUUUGUGACAAAAUAUAACGGUAACGUCAAACUCUUUUCCGCUGCCCUGCUCUCAGGUAUUCUUUUCCGAUAUUUCUUCCCCAAGUGACCGCUUUAACAUGGCGCAUACGGAAUUUGUGGGACAAUCAGCUGAAAUUCCCUGUACAACAACCGCUACUAUCAACGCCGCCGCGACUGCUGCAGCGACAGCCGCUUUUAAGUACAAAUUUGGCGAUGAAGGGUACCUACUGGAUUAUCACGGUACCAAAGUGUGUUAUCCCAUGUACGAAAGCCUGCCGGUUGUGGAGCGCUUCCAAGCAAACGAUAAGGACAUCUGCAUAGCCUCCUUCCCGAAAUCCGGGACGAAUUUGAUGGCAGCGAUCGUUUGGAUGAUUCUGCAUGACGGUGAUCCUAAGGUGCCUCAUCUGGAGUAUGCGCUGCCGGGAAUGCCACCCAACAUGUUGCCGGCUAAUACGCUGAACAAGCAAGCGGGACCGCGUGUCUUCUACACUCAUUUAGGAUAUAAUGCGCUACCGGAAAGUAUCAAAACCCAUGCCAAGGUAAUCUAUAUCGCGCGCAAUCCAAAAGAUGUCAUCGUCUCCACGAAUUAUUUCUUCCGGGCGUUGAAAUUUAAACAGUUCACGGGUACAGUGCAGGAGACCUUCCAGUCGUUUAUGAAUAACGUCUGCGCCUUUGGUCCGUACUUCGACCACGUCGCCGGAUACCGACGACACGUGAGCGAUAUGGCCAAUUUGUUUUUCAUCACUUACGAAGAAAUGGUGCAGGAUGUGGAAAACAUUAUAAAGAGAGUUGCGCGUUUCCUUGGGAAAGAACUGGAUAACAUGCAGAUAUCUAACAUUAUGCGAUGUUGUUCGCGUGAGCAAAUGCAAAACAACCAUACAACCAAUCUGGCCCAUCUGCACCAAUUGGGCUUGAUGGAUUUUAACGUGUCACCAUUCAUGCGGAAAGGAAUCAUUGGUGACUGGAAGAACCACUUCAGCCCGGAACUCAAUCGCCAAGUGGAUAAAUGGAUUGAGCAGGAACAGCAACGUCUUCACAACGAACUGAAGGGAUUUCAUUUCCAGUACGAAACAUACAAUAUCGCGGCUUAAAGAGCUUCGCUUGGAUGCUUCGAAUUCGAUGUUUGUCUAUAACUUUACUUGAUUCGUCUUGCACAAAUGUUAAGUAUUGUAAUGCUUGCGUAUAUGGAGUGCGUUAGCGUUAAACUGUUAUCGAAAUUGAUAUUAUUAUUAUUGGAAGUAUAAGCGACGUUGGCUUGAAUAUUGUGAAGAAAUGCAACACUUA